UGGAUACAUCAGAAAGCUAUAUGACACCAUGAGGGACCGGUGUCGUAUAUGUGGUGUUCGUCUAGUGGGCAGCCAGUGUCGCUGGAUCUUUAGCUCAUCAGGACAGAGCAAGCUGCAAGUCGUCUUGUCCCAUGUGCUGGAGUGGGAGGUGACUCGAGAUGGUCGUGGCGAGUUUCUCUGUGGGAAAUGCGUUUUCCAGUUGGAGAAGGUGGUACAGUGUGACGUUAACAUCAACCAGCUGCAGAAUGAACACAUGAGUCAGAUCCAGAAGCUGCAGGCAGAAAAAGAACGCCUCGUCCAGUGCAUUGUCCACAUCUACAACAAAAACAACCCAAGCUUGGACAAGAGUGAUGUGGCGAGUGCUCGCUGCAAGACCCCACCCAGGUCCCGUGUGGUGGGCAGUCCUGAUGAAGGAUCCUCUGAAGGACUGAAGUUAGGGGAAAUUGGACGUGGCCAAGUUGAGAGUUGCAUGAGAAGGUGUGUGAGUCUGGAUAGAAUAGUUGGUAGAGGGCCAACCUUUGGGUGCUCUGGUCUCAGGAGCAGCAGACUUGGUUCAGGAGCAGGGCUUGAUGGCUCUUUGAAGAGCUUUGGUCUAAAAGGAACUCGCCACCGUUCAAAGAGCCUCUACUUUGACCUUGUCCAACAUAAGGGUAUACUGCUUCGACCUGAAAUCAAAGGUCACUCAAGAUCCCUACAGUUGCUGAAUCGAGACUUUUCCUCUGAGACUUCAUCAGUACCUCCAGUCAAAUUGAAUGUCAGACAGUCUAAAGUGUUUGUGACCAGACAUUCUGGUACCUCUGUUGAGCCAAGAGGAAAGAUUCAAGCCCGAGCUCUGCUCUACAGCUCCUCAAGUCAGCCAUCUGUGAUCUCUGACUUGAUCCAGGUCUUGCGUUGCUUCUCCAAGCAGCCGUUGUCUACUCCUGCAGGAAGCCGCAUUCCUGUCCUGAAGAGGCUAAGUACUCACCACCUCAAACCGAAAACCAAGUUCAGACAUCAAGAGGCAGAAUUAAAGUUUCUGCAUGACCUUACAGAAGAAUUUGAUGAUGAAUACACCUCUGUCAAAGUGGAGAAGGGGGAUGUUAGCCGAUUGGAGACCAUCACUAAGCACUUAACUGAAGAACUGAAGCAAACAAAAAGCACCAAUGACAACCUGACAAAAACACUGGAGGAUACUCAGAAUCAGUACAAGACCCUAACAGGAAAGUUGGAGGAGAAGGAGACUGAACUGAACUCGGAAAGGAAAAAUGCUUUGAAACGAGACAAAACAAUCCAGGGCCUGACUCAUGUCCUCAAAGAAAAGGAAAACGAGAUUGCAGAGCUGUGUCAUGAGAUUGAGGACAGGGAUGAUGCGUUAGCCAAGGCUAGAGAGGCAGCACAUAAAGCCCAACUGCAGAAAUACCAGGGAGCAGAGGAACACCAAAACCUAUUAAUGGCAAAGCAAACAGAGCUGGCCCAACUCCAAGGGGAACACCACACUAAGGUGCUUGAAGUUCAAAAGCUACAUCGUGCCCUGGACCGGAAGGAGCAAGAGCUGGGUGACUUGCAGCAGGCAAAGGACCAGCUGGAGGUGGAAAUUGAGGACUUGCAGCAACAGAAGAAGAAAGGAGACAAAGCACUGAAUGAUCUGAAUAAUCAGCUGAAAAAGCUAAGUGGUGAGAUCGGGGAGAGGGAGACGGCUCUAGAGCAGCAGUACCAGGAGCUGCUGGAUCAAACCAAAAGAAAACUGCAGGCCCAUGAGGUCACCAUCCAGAGACUUACUUCCACCCUGGCUGAUAGAGAGCAGCAGCUACAGGAGUACAUUAAUAUGGUAGGAGACUUUGAACGAAGCAAAAGCCCUGGAGGAAACGAUAAUGUGCUUUCCAAGCUGAGGCAAAGACUGAGAGAAAAGGAGAAGGCUCUGGAGCAAGUGCUUGAUGAAAAGUUUGCUGCCAUUGAGGAGAAAGACAAUGAGAUUCACCAGCUGCAACUGUCUCUAAGGGAGAAGGAAAGAGACCUGGAAAGGCUUAAUAACUUGCUCUCUCACAAUGAGGAAACCAUCAAUAGUUUUGAUAGUCUAAUCAAAGAGAAAGAUGUGGAGCUGCAGCAUCUUGCAAAUACACUAAAAAACCUGCAGAGAGCCAAGCAAGAUGUAGAAGAUAACCUUAACAGAUCACUGAGAGAAAAGGACUCCAUCAUCAGCCAGCUGCAGCUCUCUCUGGAGGGCAAGACAAAGGACAUGGAGGAAUUAGCCAAAUCAGUGCUGAGCCAGUCACAAACUCAUGCACAUGACCUUGCUGAACAGAUGGGCCAGAGGUUAAAAUUCACUGAGGCUAUGUUAGCUGAGGCUGUGAAGGCCAGGGAAAGCCUGAUUGCUGACAACGAAACUGCUGUGGAAGGACUGUUGGCUACAAUUAGCAGCAAGGACCAACUUCUCAAGGAGUCUGCUGAACACUACAACCGCAUGCUGUCUGAGCGUGCUCAAGAGAUUAAAGAACUGAAGAAGCAGCUGUCUGACAGGCAGCAACAACUUGACAGUGCUGACAGGCAAAGCUCCAUAAAAACCCAGGAGGAUUGUUUAGAGGCUGCAAAACUCCAAGCUCUGCUUGCUGAAAAAGACAGCCUCAUCAACAAGCUGCUUCAGCGUGGUCGGGAGAGAGACCAGUUUCUGGCAGAGAUGAGGAAGAAGGAGGAGCAGGAUCAUGUGUUUGAGCUUAGACAAACCAUCCAAAUCAUGCAGGAGAAGUUGGAAGAGAGGGAAGCAGCUGAACUGUCUAGAAGGAACAGUGAAGAUAGUGUGGAGAAUGUUCCACUCUCCAAGAAGACAGUCGUCAUCCUGAAGAAGGAGCUAGCACAGAAAACCGAGGCACUAAACAAAGCCCUGAAGAGGGAGAAUGAAUUAAAGAUCUCAUUGGCAGAGCUACAGUCAUUGCUGUCUGAGCUGGAGGGUCGCAGUGAAGGUCAGACUGCUAAUAUUGAGUCACUGACUUCCACCCUGAAGACAAAGGAUGAGAUAAUCAAUGUUCUUCACCAGCGUCUUGGACAAAGAGGAGAACAUCAGAUUGAUCAGAUUGGCUUUGGCAUGGAAAGGUCAUUACCUGGGCUCCCACAAAGAGAGAGAACCAUGAUUGGUGGAGACAGCCAGCAAGAAGCUUUGCCCACCCUUAUAGCCCUGCAACAGGAGCAUGAUGCUUUGAACAAAGCCCUAAGAGCUGAACAACAGCUCUAUUCUAGCCUGGUCAGGACUGUCAAAGAGCAGGACAGUGCCCAGCGUCUCCAUGCUCUCCAGCUGGAGCUGACAGCAGUGCAGCUGCUUAGGCAGCAGCUCGAAGAGAGCAUCAAAACUAAUGAGGAGCUAAGGGAUGACCUGGAGAGAGAGAUACACCGAGCCAAACUCAGAGAAGGUAUGGACGUCAUUGAUCCUAAAGAACUUGAGAGCAUGAGACAUCAGCUGGAAGAUGCACAGCGCUGGAAUGUCUCUUUGCAGGCUCGCUUAGGAGCAAUCCAGAACCGCGGUGGAGGAGUUGGUGGCACCAGUGAAGGUUGCACUAACACAAGUGACACUUGGAGUUUCAUUGGUGAUCAGACUUCCUACAUGAGUAUAUGUGUGGGAGAGGGGCAGGAUGACAGCUUGUCUCUACUCUCUCCAAAAGAGCUCAAGCAGAAGGUGUUGGACCUGCAGGAUUGUGUUAGCAGACUGCAGACUUUAAACAAUGAGCAGCAGCACCGACUGUCACUGUUGGAGAAGUCGGAGCAUGACGCUUCUAAAAAGGAAGACAAAGACGUUUCCAGCCCCUGGAAACAGCAGCUAGAGAAGACGCAGGAAGACGCACAACUUGUGGCACACAGUGAAGAGAAGCAUCACCCUAGUAUGGAAAAAGAGAGUCAGACAGACAUGAAACUCGGACAGAUCUUGAAUGAUGAGAGUAUGGACAGUGGCCUGGGACAGAGUAGAGAGCAUGCUCAAUCUGGCAACACUUUGGACACUGGAGAAGGAGAACAGAACAACAGAGAUGCAAUGGGAGUUAAAACUCUACUGAAUGAUUGUGGGGCUACAUCAGUCUCGCAACUAAGAGAGAUGCUACUCAGACUUAAAUCAGAAAAUGUGGAGCUACAGGGUCUCUUAAAAGAACAAAAAUCUACGGAGUGUAAAGAAAAAGAGAGCACAGAUACCUCCAGGCACAGCAGUGAUGGACUGGCUGACUUGAGACAGAAUGCAGAAACACUGCAGGUCAAGGUGUCAAAUGAAAAAGGAGAGAGGAACUCACAAGUAGUGUCACAUGGGAUGACCUCCAUCACAACAACAGAGUUGAUACUCAGCUCUGUAGAGGGGAUGGAGAGUUCACAAACUGUAGUCCAACCCAACAACAGGAGUGGAAAUCGGGUUGUUGCAAAGCAUGGGACUGGUGUUAAAUCACGUAUUCCUGUUCCUGUGAGACCGAGAGUUGAAGCAACCAGCAGCAACAGUGUGCCUGAAAGCUCUGAGCAACUGAGAACUGAUGCACUCCAGCACCUUCAUUCAGAUGAUGCCUGUUCAUCUAACCAGCAACCGCAUGCAGACUCUGACUUUCUGAUAUCACUCCAGAUAGGUACACUGUUGGACAAGGGCUCUGAAUCUGGACAGACUGAAGCUGACUCAGCUGUUUUCACUCAGCUAGAGCUUCUGCACCAGGAGUGCCAGGAGAAAGAAACCCUGAUCAACAAAUUAACUGAGCAGCUUGCUGACUGGGAAGAGCUCCAUGCUCAGCUUCAGAAAAAGGAACAACUUAAUCACGAGUAUGUUGAGGCUUUACAGGCUGCAGAAUCCACAAUUGCUUACCUGACAGCCUGCAGUCUGGACAGUCAGGGAGGGUUUGGGUCACAGACCAGUUCAGGAACAGGUACUGUUUCUGUGGGUUCAGAUGCUGCCCUCCACAGUAAAUGCAUGGCUCUGCAGAAAGCCCUACAGAAUAAGGAGGAGCUCAACAACCAGCUUAUAGAGCUUCUGAACAUAGCAGAGAAAGCCAUAGUUUCCUCUGACAGCCAAGAUAAUAAUCCAGAAAUCGGUGAUCUUUGCUUGAAGAUAGAGCAUGUCUUAAACCAGGUUAAUGCAUCUCCAAAGAGAGGGAGCCCAAGAGUUAUUUGUGUAAGCUCUGGCGACUCUAUGGAGGAGUUGCAACGACAUGCUGACUCUUUGCAGGAGGCACUUUGGGAGCAGAACAGGCUUAAUGCAGAGCUGAAGGAAAAACUGAGAGCAACAGAUGCUGCUGAUCACCAGGGCUACAACAAUAAUAGUGCUGGCCAGGAUGGUAAAUGCCCAAAGGAGAUGACAUCAGAACUGGGGUUAGAGGAACACCAAGGGGCAACAGGAAGUUCUGAUAAUGAUAAUGGUUUAAAUGAGGAGAAGACUAAAUUUCUAAUGAACUGCGUUUGUGCAACAUCAUCUGCCAUUGCUUCUCUGGCAGAGUACUGUACAAGUCCAGGAUCCAUGACUUCUGCCAGAUCAUCAUUGAUCACCUCUGACCUGCAGAAAAAUUUGGAUGAACUUCAGAGAAUCUUACAGAUGGAAGAGCUGGGUGAAUCCACCAAAUCAUGCUGCAAUUCUUCCACUUCUUCAGCUAGAACAAAGGCACAACUUCACAGAGACCCCCAUCACAAUCUGUGCCUUCUCUUCAAGGUCUUCACUGACCUCUCCCACAGGAUUUCUGAAUUGCAGGCUUCCCUACAAGAACAGAAGUGUCGUAAAGAGGAGAGUGAAGCCCACAGGCAGGAUGGCAAGGGAUUACCACGUGAUGUUCAAGUUCAGCUGGAGACUCUCCACAAAGCACUGAGGGAGAAGAAGAAAGCAUGUAAAAACCUUGAGCAGAAACUGGCCACUGCUCUCACCUCCCCUGAAACUGCCCGAAAAGCUUUGGAGCAGGAUGACAAAGGCGUGCAGGUGGAUUUGCAAGACCUGGGUUACGAAACCAGUGGCAAGAGUGAGAACGAUAGGGAAGAGAGCAGUAGCACAGAUCUAGAGGUUGGUGUGAAACCAAGUUGCAGUGCAUCUAGCCUGCCUUCCCUGCUCAAAUGUGAACAGACCACCUACUCCUCUACUGAAAACCUGGACUCUAACUCUAGCACCCCAUACCCUAGUUCCCCAGCUCUCAGCUCAGCAAAGGUCAGUCUGAAAAGCCUCCAGGUUUAUGAUGAGUAUGGUGUUUCUAAGGAUCCUCUCCAGCUUCAGGCACAAGUGAGAGAACUGAAGGUCCAGCUAGAAAACCAGACCAAACUCAUCCUCCAAAUGCGGAAUCUUCUGCGUAGAAACUCUCUCUCCAGUGAUCUUGUUGCCAACACCUCUGAGCCCUCGAUUGUCAUCAGGGAACAACAAGGGACACAGGAGGAGGACCACAGCCAACGUAAGAGCCACAGGAAUGGGCAGCAAAGGGACAAAAAGCAUGGAGAGAGCCAGGCAAUGAAGGAUAAUACAAGUCAUUUGAAUACAGAGCUGGAGAGACAGAGGACACUGGAUAGAAGCACAACUGAACAGCAAUCACAGACCUGCAGUGGCUCUACAUCACCUGCCCGACUGGACUCACUGGUACAGUCACAGGCCAGAGAGCUGUCACAACUGAGGCAGCAGAUAAAGGAGAGCCGCGGACUAGGAGCUCUGCAGCGUCGACAGCUGGAAGAGCUGAGCAAGGCCUUCAAGGAGCUGCUGCAGGCCAGUGAGGUUGACUUUUACAUGGGGGAAGUGGUCAAAGAGCAGCUGGACAAGAGUCUGAGUCUUGUGGACAGACUAGAGGGCCGGCUGCACAAAGGAGAGUCUCAUCUGGAUAAUGAGGACGUGGCAGCUCUAGAAUUGUCUUGCAGGUUGACUAAGGAACUGCAGGAGAAGAACCGUAUCAUUCAGAGCCUGCAGAGCCAGUUCAGAACCAAAAGUCCAAGCAGCCACCACAGCUCUCGCACUGAUCUGCACCACACUGACAGGACCUCUUCCUCCUGUUGUAGCCCACAAGGUGGCAGUCGAGCUCAGAGCCAGAGUAAUUCCUCUGAUUGGAUGGGAGCAGCUGUCCCUCCUCCUGUAGGCGGAGUUCAGGUGGAAGGUGUGUCCAGUCUGCAGGACCUCCAUAGAGAAAACGAGCAACUGCAAGAUCAGCUGAGAUGCAGUGAGGUGCUCAAUGCCACCCUGCGCAGUGAACUGGAUCUGCAUCAGUCAAUUAUGGCCCAGAGCAGCUCUCACCACAGCGAGGAGGGGUCGGGACCCCAGACAGAAGCCCUUAAAGGAGAUGGAGACUCUGCGGCAAAGAAUGCAGCGGAUCAGCCUCGCUCAAUGAAUUCAGACUUAUUGGCAGAACAUCUUCACGAAAUACGAACUUUGAGACAACGAUUAGAGGAGAGCAUCCGCACCAACGACUGUCUCAGGGAACAGCUGGAGAAGAGGUUAGCCGAGGUGGAGAAAGAUCCAGCAGCUACCAACAUCUUCAUCCAUGGCAAUGAUGACCCCGGUCAUCUGGUCAAUGAGGUGCGAUUUCUCUGGGGACAAAAUCAAGCCCUGAAGGAACAGCUGAACAUGGGCUCAAGAGACAAGCAGAAGGAGAACGAGAAGCUUCGGGAGACUCUGGCCAGACGGACUUCCAAACUGGAGCAGAGCAGAAAGGAGUCUGAAGCACUGAGGCAGGAAAAUAGCGGACUUCAUGAGAGUCUGGAGCACAGCAGCCAAGAAAACUCAAAACUGCUGGAGUCGCUGAACUACAGCAAAGAGGAGCUUCAAAGGUUGCAGUGUGAGGUGAAGCUGCAGAGGCAGCAGCUCUCUGACUCUCAGCAUCUCCUUCAGUCACUGCGAGUAGAGCUGCAGGUUCAUGAAAAGAUCAAGACUGACUCUCAUAAACACGCAGUAUCCAGCAAGACGCCUCAGGAGCCACUUCCUGUCCCUUCCUCUGGCUCGGUGGACUUGAGUGAGCUGCUGUCAGAGAUCAGACACCUGAGGCUGCAGCUGGAGAGGAGCAUCCAGACCAAUACAGCUCUGCGACAGAGACUGGAGGAGCAGCUGCUCAGAGGAACCAACCGCUCUGAGACCAUCAACAUCAACUACCUGCUGUCCUCUCCAGAUGAAGGGGGCAGUCCACCAGGUCGCGAGGGCUACAAUCUUCUUCGCUCAUCUCAGUCUUACAAUGAACACACAAGCGUCCUACAUGGUGAGACACGUGGUGUUCUCUCCGGCAGCUCCGUCAGCAGCAGCUCGGGUGACAGCGUCUCUGGUGCUCCUUCUCGCCUGGUGCCGGGUCACAGAAUGUGGGCCAAUCGCAACGGCCGCCAUGUCCUGGGCCUGAUAGAGGACUACGGCGCCCUGCGCAGGCAGAUCUCCGAGGGUCGAAAGCUGUCGCGCAGCAUGGACUCACAGCUGCAGGAAUGUCUGCACACACUAAGGCAGCAGGACUCUGACAAGGUGAUGGAACAACAGCAUCUGAAGAGUGUGUGCUGCAGCAUGAACACCAUGCAGCAGGUGUUAGAAGAGGCCGGUCGACUGCUCAAACUGGUGUGGAGAGUCUCUCUGCCAACUGGAAACAUCACAGUGGACACUGGCAACAACCAGCAGGACGAGUUGCUGAAAAACGAGAUAGCCAGACUGAAAAGCCGGCUGUCGCAGCAGGAGAGGAUGCUGAGUGGAGCCGUUAAACGCCUCCGCACCACUAACCAGCUCAAAGAGGGAAUGGAGAGGGUCAUCAUCGAUCAGUUGUCUCUAACCCAUGGAGUGUUGAAGAAAGCCAGGGGGAACAUGGAGACAAAUUACUGUACCCUCUUUGGCCUGAAAGGCCUGUCUAGAGGACCAGACAAAGGAGGUGCCAGUCAAUGGUCAAUAGGGGGCAGUAGACCCCCUCAGCCUGCACAGAGGAGUGGACCUGUUUUCAGAGAGACUCCAGACAGACACUCUGAGUCCUCAGAGGAUCACAACUGUGAUGUUUCUUUGCACUGCAGCUUCUGAAUCAACAACCUACACUGCAGCUUCUGAAAAUGUAGCGACUUAUGUCCAUCAGGCCUUUUUUUCCUGCUGUAAAACCGUCACCUUACUCUCUAGAUAUCAACUCCUUCCUUUUUUUUGUAUUUUUACUUGCACGAAACCUGCCUAUAAUUUGAUUUAUCUUAGGUACUGAAGAUGUAAAAGUUUCUUUUAAAGAAAAAAAAAAAGCCUUGUAAUUUUAAUAUUUUUCCUGUUAUUUUAUAUGCUGAUCUCAGAACAUGAAGAUGUAUUUUAUUACUGACUAUAUUUGAACCUUUUGUUUUCACCUGACAGUUUAUGUAUUGGAUGCUUCACAGCUACCAUGUCAUGAGUUUUGUGCAGUAAAGUCAACUGUGAAAACUCAA